GGUGUCAAAAAAAACAACUUUUCAUUCAUUCACGGAACCAUUCGCUGCAGGCUGCUGCUCCGUGUUUUUGAAUUAAUCUUCGAUAAAAUGUUUAGUUUUUAGGAAUAUCCACAACAGAUUCCGAGCGCAGUCAUAUGUUCUAGUCCUAGUUGUACUUAGCCAUAGUUUUAGUGAUAGUAUUAAACCCCAGUGCCAUUAUCAAGCUGUUUUUUUUUUCAUUUUUUAUGUUUUGUCGCCCGACGCAAUGAGUUAACAAAAGUUCCUUCACACUUGUUUUUUUUUUUAAUUGAAGAAAACUUCCGACUAGGGCGAAUGAAAACAACUUGUUCUUAUCGUAAACCCAAUUUGAAAUGGUUCUAUUGUUUUGAGUUAACGCGCGCGAGUGUUUUUCCCCCGAUAAAGAUUGCCGUGAAUGCAGUGGCAAGUGCCGAAAGUCGCAGUUGGGAAGGUUUCCUGUGACACAUCGAACGCCGCGGAGGUUUCAUUCCGAGCAAACUGAACAUGUUUCGCAAUCGUCGCCACUCAUUGAAUCGUGUCGACGAUUUCGAGCGGGAUUAGGCAACGAUUAGUGCGUGUGGUUUUAUUAGCGUUUGGGGGGAGCCUUUGGUUCGUUCGUUGCCAUGUUCGCUUCGUUGAAAAACAAGAUCAAGGAGGAGACCGGAAGUGAUGUUACGUCGCUGCCAACGCGUGCUGUUCAGCCAGGAGGCGGGAUGACAGCUGCCCACCGGUAUCAGCGUAGCCGACCGGAAUCCUUCAGCAGUAUGGUCUCGAUGGAUGAGCUGAGUCUGCUGGAGCAAAGGGAAGCGGAACUGAACGCCACCAGGGCACAGCUGCAGGAGCUGUCGGGACAGUUUAAUGACCUGCAGAAUCAAGCACGUGUGAUCGAGGAGGACAAAAUGAGACUGGAAGAGGCCAACAAGCUUCUGGAGGAGUCACUGAAGGUGGCCCAGGUGCAGAAGGAUUUGCUGUGCGAGGAGCAGGAUAAGAUACAAAACUUGCAGCAGCGCGAGAUCUCGAAGCUUAAGAGUAUGCUAAUGUUUAGGGAGCAGGAAGCAGUGGACCGGAUAUCACAGCAGAAAGCGGCUGAGCAGCAGGUUGAAAAUAUGAAACAGGAGCUCCAUCGGCUUAAGGGGAUAGAACCCAUGGUAGAAGAUCUGCAGGAUGAUUUGGAGAAGGUGCGCCACUCAUCCACGAUCGAAAUAAAUAAUCUUCGAUCGAAACUGGCCGCCGGUGAGGAGGAGAAUCGACAUCUGAGGUGUCGUAUUCAGGUCCUGGAGGAAAGCCGCGCAUUGCUCACCUCCGGCAAUACUGACGAGAAGGUGCAAUCGCUCCUGCAGGAACGGAAACUUUUGGAGCAGCGUCUCGAAGAAGCACAUUUGCAUCUGUCCGAUAUCAAAGGCAGCUGGAGCAAUCAAAACUUAACGCUGGAAACACAAGUGAAUCGUUUGUCCCGUCAAGUAGCGGAGGAGACAACGGAAAAACGCAAAAUCCUUAAACUCAAGGAUGAUCUCAUCGAGAAAGGGAAGCAUCUCGAAUUCGAGCUGGAGAAGUUUCGAAAUGAGGUGACCCAGAGAGAUAACAAGAUAAAAUUGAUGGGCGAAGAGAUAGACGAAUUGAAUUCGGCCCUUCGGGAUGCUCGAGAGCAGCGUGAGGAAGAAGUGACAUUUUUAAACACCAAACUUGAACAACUGCAGGUUGAACUGAACAGUAUCAAAACGAAUCUCACCGAGACGGAGCAGCGACUGCUGGAUUCGCUGGAGGUGUCCGAUAGGUCUGUGAAUGCCCAUAAGAAGCAGAUUUUGCAGCUCGAGGAAAGCAUCCGGGAGCUCAAUGGGCAGCUUGCGAUGGAGCAGCAGGAGAAGAUAACGAUUCUGAUGAAAAACGCCGAACUUUCCCAGCAGGAAGAGAUUCUGCGACAGGAAUUACGGCAGGAGCGAGAUGAAACACAGGAAAUACACGAGCGCGCUCUCCUUUUGCAGAGGGAUUUGGAUAAAAGGUUGAACACGGUGAACGAGCUCCGUAAGCAAAUCGAUGAACUGAUAAGCACAAAUCUUGAGCAAAACGCUAAACUGGCUUCACUAGAUAGGUUACACGUGGAAUUAGCAGAUAAGAACAAGAUUGUAAAAAUUCUCAACCAACGGUUAGUGGACAUGAAGAAAACACUUCAGGAGGAAAUUAGGAAUAGCAACAAUAAUAAUAACACCAACAGCAGCAGCAGCACGAACGGUGGCAACCGAACUACGAACCAUUCCGAUCGGAUUCUGGAGCGUUCAAAUUCCAGAGAAAAGCAGGAACCGUCCAGCUGGAAACCACAAAAUGGUACCAUCGCGUAUAGCAGCAGCAACAACAAUUGUAGUGGCGGUAAUUUUUACACCGUAAAAAACGGAAAUGCAGCGACGAGUGGGAAGACCGUCGUUAUGGAUGAAGUUAACUUCCGUUACUUGAAACAUGUGAUAAUAAAAUUUCUUACCAGCCGAGAAGUAGAAGCCCGGCAUUUGAUUAAAGCUGUUUCCACGCUUCUCCAGCUGUCAUCUGAUGAGGAAAAACUCCUCCAGGACACGCUCACGUGGAAGAUGAGCUGGUUUGGAAGCCGCCCUGGCCAGCAAUCUCAGAUCUCCUUAUCAACAAUACCACCAAGCUAAAAUAACUAUAUCUGAAUAUACACCAUAUUACUUUACAAACCCAAUUACAUCAAACGAGAAAGAUACCUUUCUCCAACACAUCACAGCUAACACAACAAAUUAACGUAAUGAAAUGGCUGAACCUUCAAAAGGAUAUACUACACUAUAGAAUUAGAAAAAAACAAUGCUAGCUCUCUUCCCUUAUCACAUUAUAUAUUUAUCUUAAUAAUGAAAUAAAUCACCCAAACCACACAAUAGUGAAGACAGAACAAAUGAAACAACCAGUUCUAUCAAUUUGUUAUUGUGACAGUAACGUAUAAUCAAACGCCGAUUGCGGCAAACCAAUUCAUCAUCGAUAUUCCAAUCGCUUGUUUUCAAAAAAAAAAUACGUUUGAUAUUAAAUCAAACUCGCUUGAAGGCAUUAAAACAUUUCCUAGUAGCUUUAAUUAUGAUUACUCGCUUGAAAGUAUUAUUUCGACACUGAUGCCAAAACACAAAUAGACGCAGCAAAGCAGAGAUAGCUAUCGUUAUUAUGUUUAUAAAUUUUACUAUUCAUCCCUAGGUCAAAUAUGUAUGUAUUGUAUAUUUUUGUGGUUUUAUUUUUCGUUGUGUAAGUUUAGACAAUCAUUAGUUGCAUGAGAAGGCCGGUUGCUUCCCGCCGUAGCCAUACAAUAAUGCGAAACCAAUAGUGAACAGUGAUAGAGCUCGAUGUAUUUAUACGUUGCGUUAGUAGAAAAUAAAAGCAGACACAUUUGAAAUUUUUGCCAUGACUGAAACUAGCAUACACUUUGUUUCAUUU